AUGGUUUCUAGGACUCUAAUUCUGUUGGCUGUUGUUGGAUAUUGUAGUGCUGCUACCUGGUUAGGAAAACUACCUCCGAAGCCUUUGAACUUAGCUCACAAGUUCGGCUGCUACGUAAAAGAGGUGGACGAUGUAAUACCGUUUGGACAAUAUGUGUCACCUAUAGGAUCCUGUCUCAGAAUUGAUUGUGGAAGAUCAAUGAUAUACUAUGCCUCAUGUGGUGUAGCUGCAGUCGCAGGAGAUACAGACUGUUACCUAACAGAAGAAAAUCUGGAAAAACCAUACCCCGACUGCUGUCCACAAAUAAAAUGCAUAGACGAAAAUAAAUUAUGA